AUGUCUGCAACCAAUCACCCCCAACUGCCCGUUCCGCUGGCCGACUUGGCCGGCUACAUUGCCAAGCAUCCUGACGAGCCCGUGGCCGAGCUCUUUAAGCCGUAUCGGGAGUAUGAGGCCCAGCUCCGCCAGAUGUACGCUCAAGAGCCGGAUCAUGAACUUCUGAAAGAUCCGUACGCCAAUGUCGUGCCCCUCUUCACCGAGGACACGCCCGAGCUCAAGAUCCGGGCCCGAAACCUGGAGACCGAGUCGGAAGCCGAGAAGGCCAAGUACAUCAUGCCCCUGCCCGCCGAUGUCCGAAGGCCGGAUGGAUCUCGUGCUACCGUCGGGUCCCUCAAGGAAUUCCAGCGCAAUUUCAACGUCUUCUCUGAGUCUUCCCUUGUGGACCUGGACUGGAGCAAUGUUGUCGCUGCCGGUUCUUCUGCUGUCAAUUGCCUCGUGCCCGUUCCCGAAGAGUUCAAUGCUUCCAAGAGGUCACUUCGUGAAUUCUACCACGAGAAAUUCUGCCCUGCCUCGGACGUUGAUCUGUUCCUGUACGGCCUGACUGAGGAGGAGGCUGUUGAGAAGAUCAAGCAGAUCGAGGCCAAGGUCCGCGAUUCUCUCCUGACUGAAACGACCACCGUCAGGACCAAGCAUGCCGUGACCAUCUGUAGCCAGUAUCCGACCCGCCAUAUCCAGAUUGUCCUCCGCAUCUAUAAGUCGGUUUCAGAGAUCCUCACCGGAUUCGACAUUGACUGCUCCGGAGCCGCGUAUGAUGGCAAGCAGGUCUACUGUACGCCCCGAGCCCUGCAGUCAUACAUCACACAGAUCAACCACAUCGACCUGUCGCGGAGAAGCCCGUCGUACGAAAACCGCCUGUCCAAGUACGGCCACAGGGGUUUCGAGGUCUACUGGGGCGACCUCGAGAGAAGUCGCAUUGACCCGACCAUAUUCGAGCGCAGCUUCCAGCGCACCGUCGGCCUGGCUAGGCUCCUUGUCCUUGAACGUCUUCCGACGGCAUCAUCCCGAGACGACUAUCUCAGCAAGCGUCGGGAGGAAAGAGGCCGGCCGGCCCUUAAUCCGUAUAGUCGCAAUCUCCACUCCCUGGCCGGCAACAUCAAGGAACAGCACGAGGACGAGGUGGCCGAAUGGAUUGUUGACGACGAGCUUACCGCCUCCAACUACAACACCUUUACCGUUCCGUAUGGGCCGAAAUACCAUGCGAAGAGGAUUGAGAAGCUGUGCUACACCAGAGACUUGUUGCUCAAUGCCGAAUGGAACCAACCCGAGGACAGAAAGGUCUACUUGCACCGCCACCCGGCAUUCUUCGGCCGAGUCGCAGAUGUCGUCAACGACUGUUGCGGUUACUGCCCCAAACCGGAAACGGACGAGGAGCGAGAGGUGGCCGAGCAAGAGGACAAGAUCUACGUCUCUGGCAGGAUCUCCUUCCUGAGAGAUAACCCUGGAAGGCAGCAGAUUGGGUCCUUCAACCCCCUGACAGACAGCGAUUGGACUGAGAUGGCAUACGUCGGCAACACCGCGCGUCUCUGCCAGGCCAUUGUCGACGGAGACGCCGAGGCGGUCCAAGACUGGCUCGCCCAGGAAGGUGCCGAUCCAAACACCAGGGACUACACCGGAAGGACGCCCCUGCACCUGGCCGUCAUCAGCUCGACACCCGAGAUUGUCCGCCACCUCGUCGACGCGGGAGCGCGUCUCGUGGCCCGCCUCGCCGACGGCAGGACGGCUCUGCACCUGGCCGCCGAGCGGGGCGACACCGAAAUCGUCAAGAUCUUGAUGGAUAAGAGCAACGCCAACGAGGCCGAGGAAGAAGAGAAGACGGAUCGUCGCCGCAAGAUGAAGGCCGCUGGGCCAGAGGAGGACGGCGAACCCGCGGAACCGGUUGAGACCGACUCCUCGGACGAGAGCUCCGAUGGGGAGCUGAUCGACGACGACGAAUCGGACGAUGCGGCCCAUAGCAUUGUUACUGGGUCGUUUGUCAAGCUGAAGAAGGGGGAGGAUUCGUCAAAUGCUGAGGACGCUGUGCCGGAGGACACGGAGGAUGACCCGGACUUCUACGACAUCAACGCCAUCGCAUGGGAUCGUCCUUGCUCUGCUCUGCACUUGGCAAUCAUCUCGGGGCACGAAGAGGUCGUCAAGCUUCUCUGCCAGGAGUAUGGAGCCGAUGUUCUCUUGCCCGUCAAACUGCUUGACCACCGGAGGCAGCCCUCCGCCGCGCUGCUCACGCUAGUCCUGGCUCUAGCACUGCCCGUCGAGCAAGCCAAGUCAAUGGCCAAAACUCUGUUGAGCCUCGGUGCCACAUCGGCCCAGGGAGACCUGUCAGGCAUCACGGCAUUCCAUCGAUACGUACAGGAAAAUGCCGAGUCCCUACUGGAUGUCUUGCGGGAGAACGACCAGACCGGAGCCAAGGCAGCCAUCAACAGCAUCGCUUUCACAACGUACCAUAACAAGGCCGAAACUCCUCUCCAGGCUGCUGCCGAGAAUGGCAAUCUCAGCAUGGUGCUGAAACUGCUGGAUAGCGGUGCGGUCGCCGAGAUCGACUUCGAGACGUGGCUCAAGUCUGCGAAGCAGGUUAUGGAGAGUCAGCUGGGAUCAUAUGAGAACAACCAGAACCUUCACAAGACGACGACACAGCAGCCCCUGAUACUGGCUCUCCAGUCAUCUGCGGAUCCGUCUAUCGCCCUGGAACUGAUUGAGAGAGGCGCAGAUGUCAACUCAAUGACCACGGCAGCGCACCAGAAAAUUCAGCGGAGCUGGUAUUCGUAUUCCAAGGGCGAGUCGGCACUGGACCUGGUCCGUUCCAAGCUUGAGGCACUGCGCAAGUAUGAGGGUGAGGGGAAGUGGAAGCACAAACCGGAACUGCCCCGAGGCAUUGACGAGUGCCUGCAGACGUACAAGGCCGGGACUUACCAGCACUGGAUGGUCUCGGAGAACAUCGCCUCCAUUCGGCGGAAACAUGCUGAAGACCUAAAAGAGUAUGAGAAGGAGAAGAGCCAGCUUGCCUCGAGUAUCGGCGUCCAGGAGAAGAGAAAGGCCAUCCAGGAGCUCACCAGUGCCCUGGAGAGGGUCGAGGAGGUGCUGCUGGAGAAGGGCGCCAAAACAUUCAAGGAACUCCAUCCCGACGUGAGGGACGAUAGUUACAAUCGCAACUCCGGGGCUGAGGAGCCCAGUGUUGAAGACUACAAGUUCAGCUUCGGUUUUGGCUCGGUCACUGACCUUACCGUGGUUAGGACGGCAGCCUACAUUGAGCUGUUUGAAGCGGUUUGGAAUGGCGACUUGGAGGCGAUCAAAAACCUUACCCUCACAUCCUGGGAUGGGCUGGGGCUCGAGGCACCGCUCAAGAUCGCCGUCACCGAUAACCUGAGGAACAAUCCGUUCUCUUUGGCGCUCUUCCGCGGCCACCACCAGGUGGCGAGGGCUGUGCUGGAGAUCGCGCAGGCCCAAUAUGCGCCCGAGGAGAAGUCGAAGGCGCGGUACAGGAUGGAGACUGGGGACGACAACGAGUGCUGCUCCGAGUGCGACUCGGAGUCGGAAUCGGACGACGACGAUUCUCGGCCCAAGAUCUACCGCGAGCUCGUCGACCAGCGAUUCACCAUUGAGAACGUGGGUCAGGUCUCGAUGAAGGUGAACAGCCGCACCAAACCGCUGGAACUGCUCGGCUGGAGCUGCCAGGAGUACCACAACGGAGAGUUGGGAGACAUGCUCUCCGCUUUCAAGGUUGCGCUCAAGCACAACGAUCUCAAGAUGCUCAAGUUCCUGCUCGACCUGGCCGACCACUUCACGACGCAGAAGCUCGACAUAAGCGACGAGAUGACCGGUAGCAGCUUCUACUCCUUCCCCGCCGCCGAGUUCAACUAUGCGGUCGACCAGGGCCGCACGGAGAUGCUGGCGGAGAUCAUCAGGCGGACGGGCGCCGGCUUGCCGCUGGAAGAGCUGGUCAAGAACAGCGGGCUCGAGCUCGUGGAGAAGCCGCGGCACUACCAGGGGCUGACCGUGUACGGCAAGAAGCGGAGCGACUGGGCGGCCGAGGGGAGGCAGCUGGUCUCGAAGCCCGUCGGGACCGAGACCUCGCCGCUGAUCACCGCCGCGCUGGCCGGCCGCAUCGAGUCGGUCGAGUGGUUCCUGAGCGACGCGCCGACGCGGCACUACCUCGACUUCUCGAGGUCCAAGGCGGCGAGAGACGACGCCAGGCUCAAGCACCUGUCCCAGUCACCGGGGGGCUUUGACGGGGCCAUCUCGAGCUGGCUGAACAACCAGAAGGACCUGGUCAUCCACGCCGCGAUCCUGGGCCCGCCCGGAGACAAGACCGACGCGCUGGUAGCCUACCUCGUCAAGACCUUCCCGGACUUCCUCGAAGCCAAGUCCAAGACCGGCGUCACGCCCCUAUUCCUAGCCGCCCACCUCGGCCGCACCUCGAUCGCCAGGAUCCUCGUCGCCGCCGGCGCCGACCAGACGUGCAAGAACUCGGACUGGGAGAACCUCCUACACGCCGCGCUAGCCCGGUCGCCGCCCGCGCGCGACCUGGGCGCCCUCCUCGACGUCCUCGACGCGGGCCUCGUCCGGCGCAUGUGCGGCGAGCGCAGCAGCCUCGCCCACAGCGGCAAGACGCCGCUGCACCAGUUCCUGCACGACGUCGUCGGCGCCAUGAACAAGACCCCCUCCCGCCGCCAGCCCUACAAGUCGACCCGCAGCGUCGUCGGCGUCGUCGACCUGCUCGUCCGCCGCUCCGGCGGCGGCGGCCGCGAGCUCGCGACCCUCGACGGCGCGGGCGACACCCCUCUGCACGGCCUGAUAGCGCGCGGCGCCGACGCGCGUCUCGUCCGCGCCGUCCUCGACUCCGCCGCCGCCAACGCCGAGGACGGAGACUCGGCGGCGGUGACGACGCUCCUCCUCCACCGCGAAAACGCCGUCGGCCGCACGCCCCUCGAGGUCGCGCGCGACCGCUUCGUCGGCGCCGCAGUGGCGCCCCGCGAGCCGCGGAGGCAGCCCGAGGACGCCGUCGAGCGCGCCGUCGGGAGGCCGCCGAGGUCGUUCGCUCUGGAUGCUGUUGAUGAUGCGUCCGACGCGGACUCGGACACGGACGACGACGACGACGACGACAACUGGAGAACCGGCUACAACCCCAAUCACGCGCACCAAGAGCGUGUCCGCAGCCGCGCGGCUGCGGCGCGGACGUGGGAGCUGUGCGUCGAGUACGCGGGGCGGGGAGGAGGGGCGACGGCGACGGCGGCAGCGGCAGCGGGCGCCCACCAUCACCAGCACCGGCGUCGGCUGGUGGGGCUGCAUGAGGCCAACGAUGUGGCGCGCCGGUUGGGGGAGAGGCAUAGCGGGGCGCGGUAUGCGUUCAAGGUGAGGCGGGGCGGGGAGGGGGAGGGGGAGAGGGAGAGGGAGGUGGGGAAGGAGGAUGUUGUGCAGAAGUAUUGGCACUGUCUGCCGUAUGGGGAGUGGAGGAAGGGCGGGGAUGGGAAGUAG